ACUUGCUUCAGUUUAGUGGGGAGGAGGAUAGGCAAGCAUAUUCUACCAUUUUGUUUUCAGAACCUUUUUGUUAAUUGAAGUGGCUGUGAUUCAAUUGCUGGUGAAAUGGCUUCGGUCAGAUCAAAAUCUGCAAGAUGCCUAGAUGAUCUUGAGAGGGCAGAACUUACAUCACCAGAGAAAGGUCAUUUCUCAAGAUUUAUGAAUAUGAUCAAUGUGAAACAAGAGCUUGAACUGGGAUCCAAAAAGGGUGAGAAGACAUUUCGCAAAAAAGUACUCUCCAGAGUUUUCUCAGAAGAUUAUGAAGCAGGGGAGAAGGCAGUGUUGGAUCCUCGAGGACCUCUCGUAAACAGAUGGAACAAAAUAUUCUUAGUGGCAUGCUUAAUCUCCCUUUUUGUGGACCCUUUGUUCUUUUAUUUGCCAAGGAUUGAGGAAGAUUUCUGCAUUUCUGUGUCUAAACCUCUUGAGUUUGAUCUCACAACUAUCCGUUCAUUAAUUGAUGUAUUCUACAUCAUUCAGAUUUUUGUUCGCUUUCAGACAGCUUAUAUUGCCCCAUCCUCUCGUGUGUUUGGGAGAGGAGAGUUGGUUAUAGACCCUACAAAGAUUGCUUCAAGGUACCUUCACAGAGAUUUUUGGCUCGAUAUUGUGGCUGCUCAACCCCUUCCCCAGGUAUUGGUUUGGGCUGUGAUCCCGAGAUUAAAGGGUUCAAUGGCUAUCACCAGGCAUAUUCUUCGGUUAAUUAUCAUAUUUCAGUAUCUCCUGAGGCUAUACCUUAUCUUUCCACUUUCUUCUCAAAUUACCGAGGCUACUGGGGUUGUGACAGAAACAGCAUGGGCUGGGGCAGCUUAUAAUUUGAUGCUUUACAUGUUGGCCAGCCAUGUAUGUUUUAGGAGCCUGUUGGUACCUCUUAGCGCAUCUGAGCAGCAAGAGCAGUGUUGGAGAGAAGUUUGCAAUCAAGCCGGGCUUUGUCGUGACAAGUAUUUUGACUGCAGAUUUCGGAAUGAUUCAGCUAGAGCAGCUUGGUUCCAAUCAAGCAAUAUCUCCAGCCUAUGCAGCCCAAGCAGUAAUUUCUAUCAGUUUGGGAUUUACGCAGAUGCAUUACAUGAUGAAGUCACUUCAGCAAAAUUUUUCAACAAGUACUUCUACUGUCUUUGGUGGGGCCUGAGAAAUCUGAGCUCUCUGGGGCAGAACCUCUUGACAAGCACUUGUAUUGGAGAAAUAAGUUUUGCCAUCAUCAUUGCAAUACUUGGUCUGGUGCUUUUUGCACUACUUAUUGGAAAUAUGCAAAAAUAUCUCCAGUCUACUACUGUUCGACUUGAAGAGUGGAGGAUUAGGAGGACUGAUACAGAAAAAUGGAUGCAACACAGGCAGCUACCACAUGAACUGAAGCAGAGGGUGCGGAGAUAUGAACAAUACAAAUGGCUUGCCACUAGGGGAGUUGAUGAGGAAGCAAUACUCCAAAGCCUCCCUUUGGAUCUCCGGCGAGACAUCAAACUCCAUCUCUGCCUUGAAUUAGUUCGACAAGUGCCACUCUUUGAUCUGAUGGAUGAUCGUCAAAUGCUAGAUGCAAUAUGUGAAAGGUUGAAACCUUGUCUUUGUACUACAGGAACUUGUCUAGUUCGUGAGGGUGAUCCUGUAAACGAGAUGUUUUUCAUUGUUCGAGGCCACCUAGAUUCUUACACUACUAAUGGAGGUCAAACUGGCUUCUUCAAUUCAUGCCGGAUUGGUCCAGGUGACUUCUGUGGUGAGGAACUGCUAACCUGGGCCUUAGACCCCCGUCCAAGCAUUGUCCUUCCAUCAUCCACACGAACUGUUAAGGCCCUCACAGAACUGGAAGCUUUUGCUUUUGUCUCAAAGGAUGUGAGGUUUGUUGCAUCCCAAUUUGGAAGGUUGAAUAGCAAGCAGCUCCGACACACUUUCAGGUUUCACUCUCAUCAAUGGAGGACAUGGUCUGCAUGCUUUAUCCAGGCAGCUUGGUUUCGCUAUAAAAGACGCCAAGAUGCAAUGGAGCUGAGGAAUAGGGAGAGCAUGAUGACCGCAGCUCCGGAACCCGGAACAGGACAAACAGGUGAAAUGUUGCCCCCAGCAGGCUCAAGCUUGCCUUCAUAUGCAGCAAAACUGGCAACAAGCAUCAGAAGGGGUGGGAGCAUGAGAUGUGGAACUGAACUUGAUAUUUUAACCUCAUUACAAAAGCCAAAGGAACCUGAUUUUUCAAUUGAAGGAGAAUAAAAGAUUUGAAUAAUGUGGUAAGUUCAUUACGUCAGUACACAACGUAUCUGUUUGUAAACUAGAUUGAAUUCAAUAUCAGCAAAAAGAGUAGCCACCAGAUUCAUGGAAAGGUCUUUCGUUCUACACUCAACUGUUAACUCUAAGGUUUUGUUUGUUGGUUAAGUAGUUCAGACAUCAGAUUAUACAUUUUUUAGGUCACUUCUGCUGUUCUGCAUAUCAUUGAGCAUCUAGAUUCAUACCAUGUACAAGUACAAUGUAAUAUAAUUUUGAGGCAAUU